CCCCACAACUCCCUCUAUUAACCCCCCCAAGUCUCUCACAAUCGCUCAACCGUCGCUGCGUAUCCCCCCGUUCGCGUCGUUCUAUACUUUCUCCCCCUGUUAACUUGGAGCGAUCGUUCCCUGUUCUCCGUUGCCAGCCAUGGCAAGCCCGACUGGCUUCUCGAUCAACGUCAACGAUCCCAGCUUGAUCUCGCUGGUCAACAAGCUGCAGGAUGUCUUUGCGACAGUCGGGGUCCAAAACCCCAUCGAUCUGCCCCAAAUCGCCGUCGUCGGCUCGCAAUCCAGCGGAAAGAGUUCCGUUCUAGAGAACAUCGUCGGUCGGGAUUUCCUCCCCCGUGGUUCUGGAAUUGUCACUCGGAGACCCCUCGUCCUGCAACUCAUCAACAAGCCCGCUGGUUCGCAAACAAACGGUGUGAAGGAGGAGCAGCCCCUGGAGACGACGGAUAAGGAGGCGAACUUGGAUGAGUACGGCGAGUUCCUGCACAUUCCCGGCCAGAAGUUCCACGAUUUCAACAAGAUCCGCGAGGAGAUCGUGCGCGAAACCGAGUCCAAGGUCGGCCGCAAUGCCGGUAUCUCGCCCGCCCCCAUCAACCUCCGCAUCUACUCGCCCAAUGUCUUGACCCUCACGCUGGUCGACCUGCCCGGUCUGACCAAGGUCCCCGUGGGUGACCAGCCCAAGGACAUCGAGCGUCAGAUCCGCGACAUGGUCAUGAAGUACAUCAGCAAGCCCAAUGCGAUCAUCCUGGCCGUCACCUCUGCCAACCAGGAUCUGGCCAACUCCGACGGGUUGAAGCUGGCGCGCGAGGUCGACCCCGAGGGUCAGCGCACGAUCGGUGUGCUGACCAAGGUGGAUCUGAUGGACGAGGGUACCGACGUGGUGGAUAUUCUUGCGGGCAGGAUUAUCCCCCUGCGACUGGGUUACGUGCCGGUCGUCAACCGCGGUCAGCGCGAUAUCGAGAACAAGCGGCCCAUCGCGUAUGCCUUGGAGCACGAGAAGAACUUCUUCGAGGGCCACAAGGCCUACCGGAACAAGGCGUCGUACUGCGGAACCCCGUAUCUCGCCCGGAAGUUGAACUUGAUCCUCAUGAUGCACAUCAAGCAAACCCUCCCGGACAUCAAGGCGCGCAUCUCCUCCUCCCUCCAGAAGUACUCGUCGGAACUCGGACAGCUUGGCGACUCGAUGCUCGGAAACAGUGCCAACAUUAUCUUGAAUAUCAUCACAGAGUUCAGCAACGAGUACCGCACGGUACUUGAGGGAAACAACACGGAGCUGUCCAGUAUCGAGCUGUCCGGUGGUGCUCGUAUCAGCUUUGUCUUCCACGAGCUCUACUCCAAUGGUAUCAAGGCGGUGGACCCGUUCGACCAGGUGAAGGAUAUCGACAUCAGAACCAUUUUGUACAACUCCUCUGGAUCGUCACCGGCGCUGUUCGUGGGCACGACGGCCUUCGAGCUGAUCGUCAAGCAGCAGAUCAAGCGCCUGGAAGACCCCAGCACGAAAUGUAUCUCGCUGGUCUACGACGAACUGGUGCGCAUCCUGGGCCAGCUCCUGAACAAGCAGCUGUUCCGCCGGUACCCGAUGCUGAAGGAGAAGUUCCACGGCGUCGUGAUUGGGUUCUUCAAGAAGUGCAUGGAGCCGACCAACAAGCUCGUGCGUGAUCUGAUCUCGAUGGAGGCGUGCUACAUCAACACUGGUCACCCCGAUUUCCUGAACGGACACCGCGCCAUGACCAUUGUCAACGACCGUCAAUCUGCCAGCAAGCCUACGCAGGUGGACCCGAAGACGGGCAAGCCUCUGCCCCCCCGGGCCAACAGCCCGUCGGUGGAGAUCGCGACCUCGGGCGACAGCAGCGGAGGAUUCUUCGGUAGUUUCUGGGCGUCGAAGAACAAGAAGAAGAUGGCCGCCAUGGAGCCCCCGCCGCCGACCCUGAAGGCGUCCGCGUCGCUGUCGGAGCGGGAGAGCACGGAAGUCGAGGUGAUCAAGCUUCUGAUUACGUCGUACUUCAACAUCGUCAAGCGGACGAUGAUCGACAUGGUCCCGAAGGCCAUCAUGUACACCCUGGUGCAAUUCACCAAGGACGAGAUGCAGCGCGAGCUCCUCGAGAUGAUGUACCGCAACAGCGAGCUGGACGACCUGCUGAAGGAGAGCGACUACACGAUCCGCCGACGGAAAGAGUGCCAGCAGAUGGUGGAGAGCCUGUCGCGGGCCAGCGAGAUCGUGGCGCAGGUGCAGUAGUGCGCGUCGGAGACCCGAGGUGGGAUUGGGAUGGGAUAGUUUUGAUUGAUCUAUACAUCGGUUGUUCCCUUGUGUCUGUUCCGCUUUGCACUGGUAGCCAGUUUUCUUUUGGGGGGUUGUCUGCGGAGGAGUUUAUGCCUGAUGUUUAUAUUUCUUCUGAUGCACGCCGCUGACGAGAUGACUGACGCAUGGCAUGGCAUGACAUGGUGGAUGAUGGUGGGAUGGAAUGGAUGGGGCGGGGUGCCAAGAUUUCACGAAUUUGUAUCGCCUAAUGAUUGUGGAUGAUUGACCUUUCUUUACUUAGAAUUCAGUGUUGUUUGUUGUA